GGUAAAGAAGGACGAUGCGCCAACAGCAAUUUAACUACAAUUCAGCAAAAUGAGAUUCUUUAUAAUUAUCAUCAUGUCUUUUCUUUCGUCCAACUUUAUGAUGUCUGUACAAGGAGAUUAUGGUCCUUGCGUAACCAAGAUAAAAAACGGACAAUUUAUCAGUCAAGGAAAUUGCAAAAAAAUCGACGAAGAAGAAAUAAUUGGCCAACUACGUAGAAAUGUGGCAGCGAAAAAAGAAAAGGAAUAUUGUCCCAUCUAUCACGACGGCAAAUGUAUUUGGCCUGUCAAAAUUGGGGAAGCAACAACAAAUUUUGUUUCUGCAGUUUCCAUUUGCGCCAAUAUUGGACGAAAACUUGCUAAUGUCCAAACCAGAAAACAAUAUGAUUUAAUCGUUUCGUACAUCAAUCCAUGGCUGUCCGAAGAUAAAGAUGGAGAAUUUGGUGUUUGGACUGGAAUGAUGAACAACCAGACGUUAUCUGAUGGUACCAAGCCCACCCGAUGGAAAGAUGAAACAGGAAAAGUGGCAAUUCACAUAUCAGAAAAAGAACCAAAGCACAAACUCAUUCACACGGAGAACUAAUUUCUAUUUGGGUUUAGUUCAGUUCACAAUUUUGAAUAAUUAUUAUUAAUUCUA